AUUGUAAUAUCUAACUUUUUAUUACAAUCAUAUUAAUUGAUUAACAGCUUACAAUGGACAAGUGGCUGAGACCCUCAUUCGCCAAUCUAAUGAAGAACAAAAAGUUCUCAGAUUGCCGCAUUUUAGUGGAAAACGAGUCUUUCGAUUGCCACAAGCUUAUCUUGAGCAGUGCCUCGGAGUUUUUUGAAAGAAUGUUCCUUAGCGAUUUCCAGGAAUCACAAUCUUCGGAAUAUCGUCUAAGUGACGUAAGCCCCGAUACCUUUCGUAUAUUUAUGGACUACGUUUACACCUAUGAUUGUAAAAAAUUGGAAGAGAAUACUAACAUGAUGAUAUUAAAUCUCUUCGAAUGUGGAAAUAAGUGGCUGGUGGAGUCUAUUACUGCCGAUUGCCAGGCCAUCCUCACAGCUAGGGCCCCCCAAAUGGGCUUAGGUAAUCUGAUCGCGACCUUUCAGUUCAGCCACAAUGCAGAAAAUAAGGAUCUCAUUGGGGUUGUCAGCUGUAAUCUGUACCGCUUCGGACCUAAUAUGAAUUGCGAUGCUGCUCUAUUUCUUACAUCAGAUGUUUUUGAAAAGUAUGUAAUUUUAUCCGAUGGUUACAUUCCCGAAGUAGAACGCUUUAAGAUGAUCGAGGCCUACGCAACCGUUAAUGGGUUGAUUGAUGCCGAAACAGUUAAGCACAAAAUCGAAAUGAUUGAUAAAAAAGGGGAUACUGACAGCGGUGUUGAUGGGACUAUUUCCACCGAAAAUAAAUCCUUAAAAGACGAUGGCGAUGAGCCAGUCACCAUUAAUUCUAUUUCUGAUUUUGAAAACGAAGGACCAGUUUCCUUGCCGGAUAAGGCUAAACCUUCGGCUGAAGACAAAAAAGAUUUAAAGUUGAAAAAAAUGCGCAUUAUUUUGUCCAUCAACUCGUCGCUGAUGUCGGAGCGCAUUGUUUAUGGCUUUUUCCAUCACGGGUGCGUGAAGUGGGAGUCGGGUGCCGAAUCCGAUGGCGUCCACUGGCGAUGGUGA